UUUCUCCUCUUUUCUUCACGCACCAUAAUACCGAAACACCUCGAGAGGUUUAUUUGAGUCGGGCACUCAAGUUGUUGAGCCAUAUUCUUUCUUUCGAGUCGCAUUUACUUUUCUGUUUAAUUAUUGAUACCCCUCCAUCAACAACAAACAGCACUCGACACACUUAACUCUCGGCUUUCGUCAUGGAGGACUCUAAAUCUCAUGAUCCCGAGAAGGGUCAAACUCGAGCUAGCCGCGCCGAUAGCAUUACCCAGGAGGCUUACAUGCAAGAUACACGCGCGCCUUGGACUACGAGGGUUGUCGACAGUUUCAGGAGAGAUCCUAACGCUGCUGUUACGAAACCAGCUCAACGGGGUCUUGAUGGACGUGAAGAGCCUGUUUCAGGUUUCGAUCACAGGGCUGCUGCUGAAGCUACUGCCAAUUCUGGUUUGGCUAGAGAAUUAAAACCUCGUCAUUUGCAAAUGAUUGCAAUUGGUGGUUCUAUCGGUAUGUCAUGUCUCUUUUUGCACGCAAAAGUCAAUUUACAAUGAUGAAUGUAAAUGCUAAUUAUAUUGUAAUAGGUACUGGUCUCUUCGUCACAUCUGGAGCUGCUCUUUCAAAUGGUGGUCCCGCUUCUUUAAUCAUCGCUUACGGUAUCAUUGGUAUAAUGUUGUUCUGUACUGUACACGCUUUGGGAGAAAUGGCUGUCGUUUUCCCUGUCUCUGGUUCCUUCUCCGCCUAUUCUACUCGCUUUAUCGAUCCUGCUUGGGGUUUCGCAAUGGGAUGGAAUUACGCUAUUCAAUGGCUUGUUGUCUUACCGCUUGAGAUUGUAGCUGCUUCGAUCACGCUAGCGUAUUGGCCCGGUGCAGCUGAUACCAAUUCAGCUGCUUGGGUUACGAUUUUCUUCGUGAUUAUUGUUGCGAUCAACUUCUUUGGUGUAAAAGGUUAUGGAGAGGCCGAGUUUGUCUUCUCAAUCAUCAAGGUUGCUGCAGUUAUUGGAUUCAUUAUUCUUGGUAUCGUCCUCAACUGUGGAGGACAAGUUGGAGGCGGAAAGUACAUUGGAGCUCGUUAUUGGUAUCCUAAUAGCGUUGAACCUGACUAUUCUGGUUACUCCAAUAUCGCAAAUCAGAAUGCUGAUGGAAGCCCUAUGCCAAUUGCGUCUGGUUCAUUCCACAACGGCUUCAAGGGUCUUUGCUCUGUAUUCGUCACAGCCGCUUUCUCUUUCGCCGGUACUGAGCUUGUCGGUUUGGCAGCAGCUGAAACUGCUAACCCACGCAAAACCCUCCCAACAGCCAUCAAGCAAGUUUUCUGGCGUAUCUGUCUCUUCUAUAUGGUUGCCUUGACUUUAGUCAGUGUUCUCGUGCCAUACGGAGAUAAGCGACUCUUGGGAUCCAGUUCUACUGAUGCCAAAGCUUCUCCAUUCGUCAUUGCCAUCAACAAUGCCAGAAUUUCAGUUCUUCCUUCUAUCAUGAACGUUGUUGUUCUUAUCUCCGUUCUCUCCGUCGGAAACUCUUCUAUCUACGGUUCUUCGCGCACUCUUGCGGCUCUUGCAGAACAAGGUCAAGCUCCAAGAUUCCUUGCUUACAUUGAUCGUAAAGGACGUCCCCUCUUGGCUAUCAUCUUCUCAUCAGUUAUUGGUCUUCUCUGCUAUGUCGUAGCUGGUGGUCAAACAACCGCUGCUACCGCUCUUAACUGGCUGUACUCCCUUUCUGGUCUCUCGUCUCUCUUCACAUGGGGAUCAAUCUGUCUCGCACACAUUCGAUUCCGUGCCGCCUGGAAAGCACAAGGUCACACCCUUGAUGAAUUAGCCUUCACAUCCCAAGUUGGAGUUAUCGGUUCAUGGGUCGGUUUAAUUCUCAAUGUUCUCGUAUUGAUUGCACAAUUCUGGACGGCUAUCUGGCCCAUUGGUUACGCAUCACUCUCCCCAUCAGGGGUUGCUCAAAGCUUCUUCUUGGCCUAUCUAGCCGCUCCGGUUGUCUUGAUGUUCUACAUCCCAUACAAGAUCUACUACAAAACUCCUUUCAUGAAGGCAGAAGAUAUGGAUUUGACUACAGGAAAGAGAGAUUUGGAUACCCCGGCAUUGAUAGAACAAGAUCGUCUUGAGAAGGCGGCAUGGCCUCGCUGGAAGAGAAUUUACAGGACCAUAUGUUAAAAAUCCCAAGGUAAAGGGAACAUGGCGUUUGGGUUUGCUUUUAUUUAUAUGAUUAUGUGUAUCAUAUCUACUACGUUGUUUAAUGAUUGUCUUAUUUUGGUAUCUAUAUACUCGAUAGAUAGAUGAGAGAGGGAAGGAAGGGAAAGGAAUGGGAGGGAUACCAUGAAGCUGCUGGCUGAAGCUGCGGCUGCGCCUGGGAUUGGGUUCGCGGUAACGUUGAUAUUGAUCAAUGUGGUGGCUGGAUUGGAAAGAGGGAAUGCUAUAGAGAAAGAUUC